UUUAACGGACCUAUUUGCAUGUUAAGUUCGCCAAAAACAGUCUCUUUUCCCCACCGAUUCAAAAUCCACAUUUUGUUCAUCUCGCUGGUUGCAGUCUUCCAUACUCUCACCCCCGCAGUAAUUUUCUUAGGAAUUAUAAAGAAAUUGUUCGAGUCUUCUCAGGUGAAAUGGAUUGCGAGAACGCUACGCCAAACCCGGUCGCAAAUCAGCUGCCGGGAGCGGAUUCGUUACCGGAUGGGUUUGUGGAUAGCUCUUCCACCGACUCAUUGCCGCCAAUGUCACCCAGGCUAGCGUCUGCAACAGCUCCGAAGCUGACUGAUUAUAAGGAGGAUACGUUAUUGGAGCCCGAAUUGAGGCCCGGUGUGAUUGUCAAUCAUAUCCAUUUUGAUGCACUUUCUGUAAGUGAUGGUAUAGACGUACAUAAGGAUGAUGGUGUUGCAGCAGAGGUACAGGGCAGCUCAGAUAAUUCUACCAGAAAUGAACAGCCACCAGCCAAUAAGGAGGCACUGUCAGUAGAAAGUUCUGAGCACAGAAAAAUAGAAGCCUCUGAAGGGAAACGGAAGAAUGUGAAACGCGGCUUUAAAUCUGACAAGGAUUUUUUGGAGUUUACUUUAAAAUAUCAACAAGUUAUUACAGAAAGGGAUUCAGCUAUUGCUGUUCGUGAUAGACUUGAGUCAUUAUGUCGGGAAUUGCAACGUCAAAACAAGACACUGAUGGAUGAGUGCAAAAGGGUUUCAGAAGAAGGUCAAAAUUUGAGAUUGGACAUAUCAAACAAAUUUCGAGAUGCAAUCAAGGAAGUUAGCAACAGGAUGGAAGAACAAAAGGAUGAAUGUCUAUCACAAUUGAAGGAGAAUGAGACGUUAAAGUCCAAACUGAAGCAAGUUGUCGAUCAGUAUGCUCUAGCUGAGGAGCAUUAUAAUCGAAAGUUGAAGCAAAAGGAUCUUGAACUUCAGAUAGCUGAUUUAAAAAUCAAGCAACAUGAAGAGAAAAUGCAGCAUGAAGAAUCCAAGAUGAAACUGUAUGCAGACCAAAUAUCUGAAUUGUUGGCUACUGAAAAGAAUUUACGCCUUCAGUUGACUGCUGACGGUGAAAAGUUCCAGCAAUUCCAGGAAGCAUUGUCGAAGAGUAAUGAAGUGUUUGAAGGUUUUAAAGUAGAAGUUGACAAGAUGUCGAAGUCAAUAAAAGAGCUCAGAAAGGAGAACACUUUCUUGAAGAGCAAAUGCGAGAAGACAGAUGUUGCUCUCAUAAAGCUGGCUGAAGAGCGAGAACACAUGAAGAAACAGCUGGAAAAAAUGAGGAACCAGAAGGAGAAGCUUGAGUCAUUAUGCCGCUCACUUCAAGCUGAGAGGAAAGCUAAUUCUAUUACUGCAACUGGCAGUAAUUCCGAUCCUGUUCAGGAUUGAGGAAUAUAUAAUUAUCAAUUCUGACUAAAAUAAUUAUCAAAUUAGUUUCUGGUAAUUGCACCUGUAUUUGUAAUGGAACUUCUUACUCAUGAUCUCUUAAUGGUUUGUACCUUUAUUAUUAAUUAUUAAAUAUCUAGGCAUCUGCAAUGUUCAAAUGCAUUUUUUCUAUAUUCACUUAUUUAGAAUUAAACUUUGUCCAUAAAGAUCGCCCUUCAUAGGACCGUGGUAGGUUGAACCGUUGAACAUUAUUCUUUCUGUCUCUAAUAGACUAAUAGUGAGC